AUGGCUUUGGGAGUCUUCCAGACUGGCUGGAUGAGGCUUCUCUCACUUAUCCUGCAAGGUAAAACUGACAUCAUAUUCAUCAUUAUCAUACGGAACACACUUUUAUCAUGGUAUGUGAAUAGACAUACAAAGUAUUGUAUUGUAAAUCAUAUUCAUUCAUUUCUUGAAUCCCAGGCUGCUGUGUGGGUGUCCUCUGUAGUGACUGGGCUGUGCGUGUCCCCUCCACUCCCCUGUGUGCCGUGGCCGGCUCGUCUGUGGUCCUCCCCUGCUUCUACGACUACCCUCAGCCCUACAGGGUGCUGUUUGAGAUGUGGUGCCGGGACCAGAGCCGCUGCAUCACCCCCAGGUAUGUGUACCAUAGCCAGGGUAUCUUCCCUGAGCCAGCCUCCCAGGGCAGGGUGGAGUACCUGGGGAAGGAAGGAACCAGGAACUGCUCCCUGAGGAUCUCUGAUCUGAGGAAGUCUGAUAGCGGGACAUACAGUGGGGAAAAAAAGUAUUUAGUCAGCCACCAAUUGUGCAAGUUCUCCCACUUAAAAAGAUGAGAGAGGCCUGUAAUUUUCAUCAUAGGUACACGUCAACUAUGACAGGCAAAAUGAUUUUUUUUUCUCCAGAAAAUCACAUUGUAGGAAUUUUUAUGAAUUUAUUAGCAAAUUAUGGUGGAAAAUAAGUUUUUGGUCAAUAACAAAAGUUUCUCAAUACUUUGUUAUAUACCCUUUGUUGACAAUGACACAGGUCAAACGUUUUCUGUAAGUCUUCACAAGGUUUUCACACACUGUUGCUGGUAUUUUGGCCCAUUCCUCCAUGCAGAUCUCCUCUAGAGCAGUGAUGUUUUGGGGCUGUCGCUGGGCAACACGGACUUUCAACUUCCUCCAAAGAUUUUCUAUGGGGUUGAGAUCUGGAGACUGGCUAGGCCACUCCAGGACCUUGAAAUGCUUCUUACGAAGCCACUCCUUCAUUGCCCGGGCGGUGUGUUUGGGAUCAUUGUCAUGCUGAAAGACCCAGCCACGUUUCAUCUUCAAUGCCCUUGCUGAUGGAAGGAGGUUUUCACUCAAAAUCUCACGAUACAUGGCCCCAUUCAUUCUUUCCUUUACACGGAUCAGUCGUCCUGGUCCCUUUGCAGAAAAACAGCCCCAAAGCAUGAUGUUUCCACCCCCAUGCUUCACAGUAGGUAUGGUGUUCUUUGGAUGCAACUCAGCAUUCUUUGUCCUCCAAACACGACGAGUUGAGUUUUUACCAAAAAGUUAUAUUUUGGUUUCAUCUGACCAUAUGACAUUCUCCCAAUCCUCUUCUGGAUCAUCCAAAUGCACUCUAGCAAACUUCAGACGGGCCUGGACAUGUACUGGCUUAAGCAGGGGGACACAUCUGGCACUGCAGGAUUUGAGUCCCUGGCGGCGUAGUGUGUUACUGAUGGUAGGCUUUGCUACUUUGGUCCCAGCUCUCUGCAGGUCAUUCACUAGGUCCCCCCGUGUGGUUCUGGGAUUUUUGCUCACCGUUCUUGUGAUCAUUUUGACCCCAUGGGGUGAGAUCUUGCCUGGAGCCCCAGAUCGAGGGAGAUUAUCAGUGGUCUUGUAUGUCUUCCAUUUCCUAAUAAUUGCUCCCACAGUUGAUUUCUUCAAACCAAGCUGCUUACCUAUUGCAGAUUCAGUCUUCCCAGCCUGGUGCAGGUCUACAAUUUUGUUUCUGGUGUCCUUUGACAGCUCUUUGGUCUUGGCCAUAGUGGAGUUUGGAGUGUGACUGUUUGAGGUUGUGGACAGGUGUCUUUUAUACUGAUAACAAGUUCAAACAGGUGCCAUUAAUACAGGUAACGAGUGGAGGACAGAGGAGUCUCUUAAAGAAGAAGUUACAGGUCUGUGAGAGCCAGAAAUCUUGCUUGUUUGUAGGUGACCAAAUACUUAUUUUCCACCAUAAUUUACAAAUAAAUUCAUUAAAAAUCCUACAAUGUGAUUUUCAGGAUUUUUUUCUUCUCAAUUUGUCUGUCAUAGUUGACGUGUACCUAUGAUGAAAAUUACAGGCCUCUCUCAUCUUUUUAAGUGGGAGAACUUGCACAAUUGGUGGCUGACUAAAUACUUUUUCCCCCCACUGUAUGUAUUCUACUUUAUCACCAACCACCCAGUGGAGAAGCCUCCUGGACAGCCUGGAGUAACCCUGCUAGUGUCUGGUAAGACCACAGUGCUUUUUUGACAUAUAUUUUGUGUAAAUGUUCUUGUGUAAAUAUGUCUUGUGGUCAGUGAUUAUAUGUAGAUAGCAACUGAGCAGUGGCGAUUUAAUAAAGCCGCAUUGAGUUAAUAAAGCCGCAUACAUACAGUUGAAGUCGGAAGUUUACAUACACUUAGGUUGGAGUCAUUAAAACUCGUUUUUCAACCACUCCACAAAUGUCUUGUUAACAAACUAUAGUUUUGGCAAGUCGGUUAGGACAUCUACUUUGUGCAUGACACAAGUAAUUUUUCCAACAACUGUUUACAGACAGAUUAUUUCACUUAUAAUUCACUGUAUCACAAUUCCAGUGGGUCAGAAGUUUACAUACACUAAGUUGACUGUGCCUAUAAAAAGCUUGGAAAAUUCCAGAAAAUGAUAUCAUGGCUUUAGAAGCUUCUGAUAGGCUAAUUGACAUCAUUUGGGUCAAUUGGAGGUGUUCCUGUGGACGUAUUUCAAGGCCUACCUUCAAACUCAGUGCCUCUUUGCUUGACAUGAGAAAAUCUAAAGAAAUCAGCCAAGACCUCAGAAAGAAAAUUGUAGACCUCAACAAGUCUGGUUCAUCCUUGGGAGCAAUUUCCAAAUGCCUGAAGGUACCACGUUCAUCUGUACAAACAAUAGUACGCAACUAUAAACACCAUGGGACCACGCAGACGUCAUACCGCUCAGGAUGGAGACGCAUUCUGUGUCCGAGAAAUGAACGUACUUUGGUGCGAAAAGUGCAAAUCAAUCCCAGAACAACAGCAAAGGACCUUGUGAAGAUGCUGGAGGAAAUAGGUACAAAAGUAUCUAUAUCCACAGUAAAACGAGUCCUAUAUCGACAUAACCUGAAAGGCCGCUCAGCAAGGAAGAUAAAUAAAAGCCAGACUACGAUUUGCAACUGCACAUGGGGACAAAGAUCGUACUUUUUGGAGAAAUGUCCUCUGGUCUGAUGAAACAAAAAUAGAACUGUUUGGCCAUAAUGACCAUCGUUAUGUUUGGAGGAAAAACGGGGGGGGGUGGGGGCCGAAGAACACCAUCCCAACCGUGAAGCACGGGGGUGGCAGCAUCAUGCUGUGGGGGUGCUUUGCUGCAGGAGGGACUGGUGCACUUCACAAAAUAGAUGACAUCAUGAGGAAGGAAAAUUAUGUGGAUAUAUUGAAGCAACAUCUCAAGACAUCAGUCAGGAAAUUAAAGCUUGGUCGCAAAUGGGUCUUCCAAAUCGACAAUGACCCCAAGCAUAAUUCCAAAGUUGUGGCAAAAUGGCUUAAGGACAACAAAGUCAAGGUAUUGGAGUGGCCAUCACAAAGCCCUGACCUCAAUCCUAUACAACAUUUGUGGGCAGAACUGAAAAAGUGUGUGCGAGCAAGGAGGCCUACAAACCUGACUCAGUUACACCAGCUCUGUCAGGAGGAAUGGGCCAAAAUUCACCCAACUUAUUGUGGGAAGCUUGUGUAAGGCUACCCAAAAUGUUUGACCCAAGAUAAACAAUUUAAAGGCAAUGCUACCAAAUACUAAUUGAGUGUAUGUAAACUUCUGACCCACUGGGAAUGUGAUGAAAGAAAUAAAAGCUGAAAUAAAUAAUUCUCUCUACUAUUAUUAUGACAUUUCACAUUCUUAAAAUAAAGUGGUGAUCCUAACUGACCUAAGACAGGGAAUUUGUACUAGGAUUAAAUGUCAGGAAUUAUGAAAAAACUGAGUUUAAAUGUAUUUGGCUAAGGUGUAUGUAAACUUCCAACUUCAACUGUACAUGGUCUCUUUUUUGCUUUCUUGAGUAAUGCAGCUCCAAAAUGCAGGUGUUUCAGCCUAGCUCAGUACUUUCUGUGGUGGUGGGGCAGACAGCGGAAAAUACAGUGCGUAGGGGUUGGUAAUGUUCUCUAGUUGUGCCGUGAUUGCCUCAGUGUUUUGUCACCCAUGGUGAAACUACAUCACAGCAAAUCUACAGGGGAGAGCUCGAAAAUUCAAGCCCCUUAAAUUUACAUUAGAAGUGCCCAUCCAAGAAGGCUCAAGUUCAUUGGCUACAGAUAAAAUGAUGUCAAAUAAAAAAUGUUCUAUGGAAGCUUUGAUUGGACUGAUCAUGUCAACAUCAUACUUUCAAAAUCUUAGCUAGCAAGCUAGAUAAGCAGUCAUCGUCAUGAAUCAAGUCGACAAUCUACUGGCAAGUCCUUUUCAAAAUGAAGAGAAAUUAUAUAUAAAACGUACCGGUGCUCAUCGGCCAUUGGACAUAAACAUAACAAGUUGGAAAUUGCAAAUUCAACAAUGAGUGGUUUGGAAGGAAUUAGUGGCUAACUGUAAGCAUUGCAAAGCAAUCACUAGCCUGCUAUUCAGUGGAGAGGGUGUAUGGUUCAAGUCUGAGUUUAAAGGUCUCUUUUCCAAGCUUAAAAGGAUAAACAUUCACAUGGAACACCAUGGGCCAGAAAAGGUUGAAUACAUUGGCCAUGCUGUCAAUCCAGCAUGACUUCUGCCGCGUUCAAAACAACUGGAAACUCGGAACUGGGAAAUCUCAGACUUCAGUGAGUUCAAGACAACUGGGAACUCUGAAAAAAACGAGCUCCGACUGGGAAAAUACGCUUUCAACGGUCAUCCAACUCGGAAAUCCAAGUCGGGAACUCGGGCCUCUUUCUAGAGCUCCAACCUGAAGAUCACUGACGUCAUGAUUCGACACUUUUUUCAAAGUGUAUGUUGUGUAGUAAGCUGUUAGUAGCCCAUGUUCCUCACCCUAAUAAUUUGGUCCCUUUCCCCCACAUAACUUAGCCUACUGUUCUGAUUUGGUGGUGCACAUGUAGCAUAUAGCAUAUUUUAGAGAAAUGUCAUCAUCAAAUAUUGUAAGAGCUUUCAUUGUCUGCUUAUAUGCCCCCUUUAUUUAUCCUACAGUUCUGACUUGGUGUACAGGGAGAAUACUGUCAGAAUGGCCCAUGUUCUGAAUUCUGUUACUGUACAUUUCAAAAGUGCUGAACAAAUAGUUAUAUUGACUACGUCCAUCUUAGCUCGCUCAUUAAUGUCUUAAUCGAAAUUACGGAUUGCCUCUUAUCCACUCAUCGUUCACUUAUGCCAUAGUUUGUAGAUCUCAAAUGUCAGUAGAAACCACAUUUGUUUAAGCAAGUCAGCCAUAUCAGCUAUGUUUUUUAAAAAGGCAGUAAAUUAGGCUGAAUGAGCUGUUUCGCUGCCAAACAACGGCUCCGCUGAUAGCCAGGUGUAGCGGUGGUAAGGAUUCACUCCAUGGUGCUGAAAAUAAAUCUCUGCUGUUGGGACAGCUUUAUGUAGGCCCUAACAGUUUGUGGGCACCGUUUGUCAUCGUUAUAGUGCAAUUAAUGUAUUGUUUAGUGUUGUGUUGUGUAGUGCAUAAAAAAAAGAGGUUGCCCUCUGUAGCUCAGUUGGUAGAGCAUGGCGUUUGCAACGCCAGGGUUGUGGGUUCGAUUCCCACGAGGGGCCAGUAUGAAAAUGUAUGCACUCACUAACUGUAAGUCGCUCUGGAUAAGAGCGUCUGCUAAAUGACGUAAAUGUAAAAUGUUGAGUUUUCCCCACCAAGAUUUACAUGCUAAAAUCACCACUGCAACUGACAUACUAUAUGAUAAAGGAGGGAUGCUGUAACUGCAUUGUUAUAUGUUCAAAACACAAACAUUUAAUAUCAGCAUUCGAGGUUGUUUCCUGUACAUACAUUUAGUGUGUAACUAUUUGACUCAUGAGAAUAGGAGAGCUGUUAAAGAUGUGGUCAGCUUCCAGCUUGUCUGCACAGAGAUCAGGUCUGACCACAAGCCUCAGAGGUUGGACUGAAAUUGAUGUCACCGUAAUUUCUGAGUCACUCUGAGGAGAGGAGCCAUUGCUUCCUCUUUUCAGUAUGAUUACAUGAUUCAGAGAGUCUCAUAGUGUUCUUACACUUCCUCUGGAAGUUUGUCAAUGUCUCAAUAUUUACUCAUUUUCUCAUUUACUUACUGAAAGUCUCUCGGAGUAAUAGUGACAGUGCUAUUGAUAUCUGUAUGUACAGUACCAGCUGUUGACAACAACAGUGAGAGUUCUUUUGUAACUAAGAGGUUAUUACACUUUAAAACCUGAUGGUAUGGUGGCAUGUCCUACGACCACAACGACUGUAUGCAAAAAUUGCGAAAUUAUAGCAGAAAGUCACAUGGUCUUGACUGUCAGCUUGGAAUUGUUUAUUUGGGUGACCACCCGCCCCCAAUACCCAGACAACCAUCACUACAAACACAGCAACAACAUAUGGAUAUACGCUUCAGUGUAUUUACAUUUAAAACAGGAUAAGAGAAAUAGUCUGAUGAUAAAAAGGCUUGUGUCUCUCUGAUCUGUGUGCCCUUCGCCUGUUAUCUGUCUGGUAUGUCUUAUUGCUUACACAUCUCUUGUCUACUUUCAGAUCAUUCCAGUGAAGUAGCAGUGUCCCUCAGUCCCUCUGGUGAUGUUGUUGAGGGCAGCUCAGUGACGUUAUUCUGCUGUAGUACUGCCCACCCUCCAGUGGAGAGCUACACCUGGUACAAGACUGGAGGCUACACGGCUGGUGAUAAGGGACAGACGAUGACCAUCACCAACAUCAGCGCAACAGACAGUGGAAACUACUACUGUGAGGCCCUGACCACCAAUAGACCGCUCCACUCCUCAGCGUUGUCUAUUCAUGUCCAGUGUAAGUACUUUAAAAUCCCAAUCACAGAGACAAUGAAUGAAUCAGUAACACUGUUUGUCAUGAGUUUUUUGGGAUCCACUUAGACAGGGAAGUAUGUACCAGACAUCUCUCAUUGUUACCCAAAUAUAGGAAACCAUACUGUAAAAGUAGCUUCUUUCUUCUUUUUUUUUCUUCUUUUUUUGUUUGUUUUACCUUUCUCUGCCUUCAGAUGCUCCAAAGCACACAUCAGUGUCAGUCAAUCCUUUUGGGGAGGUAGUGAUGGGCAGCUCUGUGACUCUGACCUGCAGCAGUGAUGCCAACCCUGCAGUAGAGCGUUACACCUGGCUUCAGAGGACAAAAUCCCAAGCUUCACUGAGAGGGUCAGGGCAGAGUUACAGCAUCACUAACAUCAGCUAUGAGGACAGUGGGAAGUACUGCUGUGUAGCGGUGAACAAGCAUAGAUCACAGAGCUCUACUGUUACCAUGACUGUGGGGAAAAGUAGGUGCAAGGGGAUGCAUUGAAAAUAUACAGUAUGUUUCCUGUUCUAGUCUAGUCUGUAAUAUAACAUCAAGAUUAUGCCACCUGUUAUUGUAAAUUUGCCAUUGAAACAAAUGACAGUAUGUACACCAGUGUGAAGCUAUCCCUGGCCUAUAGAGCUCACAGUAGUUUCUUCUCUGCAGUAAAUGGUCUGUCCCCCAUACUGUGGGGGUUGGUGACAGUGGGGAUCCCCAUCACUCUGACACUGAUCAUCAUUAUAACAGUGGUUUGCAUUAGGAGGUGAGUGAAAAAGUUACAAUACGUUUAAGAGUAAAUAUUACAGUGAUGUGAUCUGUAAUCUCUUUAGGUAUUGGUUUGUGCUGUAUAUAAUUAUUCUACAACUCCUUUACCCUUGAGAGUUUACUUUUCAUUUGAUAUUUACAGUAUAACUUUAUAUUGUCUAUUAAAUGUUUUGUAGUCUUCCAUCUGAUAAGUUUAGUGGAGUAAUAGCAGAAAACAUUAUAUCAACCAAAACAGAGAAUCUCCACUAGAAAACAAAGUCAAUAUACCAAGUUUAUGAAACGAUAAGGUCUGAUCUAUAACAACUUUCCCCUAUAGGAAAACUCUCCCGGCAUCAAGUCAACCAGGUUACAGUCUUACAGAGACCACCAUCCAGCAGCCGUUACCAUAAUAUUACAUCAAGGAUGACCAUAACAAAUGAGACACUUAAAUUAGCAGGAACUGAAAAGGAACUGAAUUAACUCUGCUGGGAGAUGUUGUACCCAGUUUACUGCCACACAGUAGCACUGUUGUGUAGCUGUAUCCAGCCCUAAAUCCCAUUUUCUUUAAAAAACAUGUACAGUAAUAUCUGUAGCAUGUACUGUACACCACAUUUCAUCUCUCUACUGUAGAAAAUAAGACAUUUUACUGUAAUAGGCCUACUGUAAUUUACUUCCUUUAUGAUGGAGAGUUGUUGAGUAUUGGAUGACCAAAAGUGAAACGACAACUAGAGAUUAGUUUCCAUAUAUGUAAAUAUAUAAAUUGAAUUACAAUUACAUAAAAGUUUAUCAUAACAAAUCCAUGUAAUAAUCAAGAUACUGUAUGUAUAACACAAAAAUGGCAUAUGUCACUACGCCACCCCAGGUUGAGUUUUGCCCAUCAUAUAUUAUACACAGGUUCUUCAAGUUUGGGUUGAGUGUCAAAAUAAAGAAGUCAACAACAGGUUGCAAGGUCAAUUUCUUUUUAAAUCCUCCACUAGUGAAUACAAACUGAAUUACUGAGACUCUCUCAGCCUGGUCAAAAAGGAGGUCAUAACAGUACAUAAUUAAUAAAACAAACAAACUAAACAACCAAAAAUACAGGUUCUGGUGCAGCCGAGGGAAGAUCUAACAAAACAUUAAUUCAACUUCCAUUCAAGAUAAAUCAACAAUAUUCUCUCAAAUUUAGUCAGAUAGUUACAAACUAAACCAGCCACAUGGCCACUUCCCUCUUACCAGCACCUUCCCCCGGGCGGCCACACCUCAAACCAAAAAAGAAACAGUCAUCCAAUGAAAUUACAGGAGCAAUCAUUCAAUUAGAAAGAUAGAAACAUGCACAAGCAACGGAAACUCAUCGUCACACCUGAGACACAUACAUUACAAGUACAGUACAGUACAAGACAUAUACAGAGGGGAGAACAAGUAUUUGAUACACUGCCGAUUUUGCAGGUUUUCCUAGUUACAUAGCAUGUAGAGGUCUGUAAUUUUUAUCAUAUAUACACUUCAACUGUGAGAGACGGAAUCUAAAUCCAGAAAAUCACAUUGUAUGAUUUUUAAGUAAUUCAUUUGCAUUUUAUUGCAUGACAUAAGUAUUUGAUACAUCAGAAAAGCAGAACUUAAUAUUUGGUACAGAAACCUUUGUUUGCAAUUACAGAGAUCAUACGUUUCCUGUAGGUCUUGACCAGGUUUGCACACACUGCAGAAGGGAUUUUGGCCCACUCCUCCAUACAGACCUUCUCCAGAUCCUUCAGGUUUCGGGGCUGUUGCUGGGCAAUACGGACUUUCAGCUCCCUCCAAAGAUUUUCUAUUGGGUUCAGGUCUGGAGACUGGCUAGGCCACUCCAGGACCUUGAGAUGCUUCUUACGGAGCCACUCCUUAGUUGCCCUGGCUGUGUGUUUCGGGUCGUUGUCAUGCUGGAAGACCCAGCCAUGACCCAUCUUCAAUGCUCUUACUGAGGGAAGGAGGUUGUUGGCCAAGAUCUCGCGAUACAUGGCCCCAUCCAUCCUCCCCUCAAUACGGUGCAGUCGUCCUGUCCCCUUUGCAGAAAAGCAUCCCCAAAGAAUGAUGUUUCCACCUCCAUGCUUCUCGGUUGGGAUGGUGUUCUUGGGGUUGUACUCAUCCUUCUUCUUCCUCCAAACACGGCGAGUGGAGUUUAGACCAAAAAGCUCUAUUUUUGUCUCAUCAGACCACAUGACCUUCUCCCAUUCCUCCUCUGGAUCAUCCAGAUGGUCAUUGGCAAACUUCAGACGGGCCUGGACAUGCGCUGGCUUGAGCAGGGGGACCUUGCGUGCGCUGCAGAAUUGUAAUCCAUGACGGCGUAGUGUGUUACUAAUGGUUUUCUUUGAGACUGUGGUCUCAGCUCUCUUCAGGUCAUUGACCAGGUCCUGCCGUGUAGUUCUGGGCUGAUCCCUCACCUUCCUCAUGAUCAUUGAUGCCCCACGAGGAGAGAUCUUGCAUGGAGCCCCAGACCGAGGUUGAUUGACCGUCAUCUUGAACUUCUUCCAUUUUCUAAUAAUUGCGCCAACAGUUGUUGCCUUCUCACCAAGCUGCUUGCCUAUUGUCCUGUAGCCCAUCCCAGCCUUGUGCAGGUCUACAAUUUUAUCCCUGAUGUCCUUACACAGCUCUCUGGUCUUGGCCAUUGUGGAGAGGUUGGAGUGUUUGAUUGAGUGUGUGGACAGGUGUCUUUUAUACAGGUAACGAGUUCAAACAGGUGCAGUUAAUACAGGUAAUGAGUGGAGAACAGGAGGGCUUCUUAAAGAAAAACUAACAGGUCUGUGAGAGCCGGAAUUCUUACUGGUUGGUAGGUGAUCAAAUACUUAUGUCAUGCAAUAAAAUGCAAAUUAAUUACUUAAAAAUCAUACAAUGUGAUUUUCUGGAUUUUUGUUUUAGAUUCCGUCUCUCACAGUUGAAGUGUACCUAUGAUAAAAAUUACAGAAAAUUACAGGAAAACCUGCAAAAUCGGCAGUGUAUCAAAUACUUGUUCUCCCCACUGUACAUCUAUUACCAUAACUACUUAUUAAUUGCAUACUUUACAUAUCUUAACUUGCAUUCCAAUGCAGCUUAGUUUAUUCAAUAUUAUGAAAGGAUAUGUUCAUGCUUCAGGUUUGGCAACAGUGGAGUAGAUAACAGAAUGGUCCACCUCUAAACUUUCUUCUGGCCUGCAAAAAGCAAAUAGAGUUGUUGCAUGAGCAUAUUAAACAUUUCAUAUAAACUGACUUCCAGAAAGAGGUUAUAUGGAAAAGGACAGAACUGAUAGUGAGUGCACUCCUACCUGGCAGUAGGACUGGGAAGGGGGAACUGGAUGCUGGCGUACUGGAGGUUGUCUGUCACGUUGGCCUGUCUGGCUUUCACCGUGGAGUAUAUAACAUCAUCCUCUCCAUGGGGUCUGGAGAAUAGGGCUCUGUCGAUGGAGCUGUGGAACUGCUGGAAGUCAAAGGUAGCGUAAUGAGGGUCUGGAGGGUUCUGCGGAGGUGGUGGCUGGACCACAGAGUACAGAGAACUGUCUUGGUGGUGGGUGUGAGAGGGAGGCAGUUGAACAUUGGCAUAGAGGGCAUGUUCCUUUUCCUCCGUUCUAGUUUCCUGUGUUGCUGGCUCGUUACUGGUCCUUCUACUGGAUAAGACUGUGUUUUGAUCAUCCUGAAAUAUGGAAUCAGUCAAAAACAAUACAAAAUGUUUGCUAUAUUGACUACUCACCUUAUUUUAAUCUGUUAGUUAAACUAAAUAUCUUGUUACUGGGGAGGAAUAGAAGCUUGCGCUUGAACGUUGUUCAAAUACCAUGAACACUUACUGCGUUCAAACCUUCAGAGAACACUAUUGCAUUGACAUGCUAUUGGUAUUGUGAAUUAGAGUGCUGUGUUCUACUCACCAAAAGUAUGAUCACCAUGAAAACUGUGGCCGCGGAACCAAUGUAAACUAGCAUUUGGACAGUAUUUGUAGCUGAAAAAGUCACAGGGUACAUGAACAAAAUACAUUCAAGCUAAACUAAUUCCCAUUUAGAACAUAUUGAUUCAGGAGAACAGGACAUUUCCCUCCACAAUCACCAUGAUUGGCACCCUGUAUGGUCAGAGGCACCACAGUAGAGUUGUGAGGCCCUUCUCUGUUCCUGGCCUCACAGAUGUACUGUCCACUGUCAGGUGAGAUUAGAGAGGUCAAUCUCAAUACUUCUCCUGACCCUGUCUGUGAGGUGUCUGCUCCAUCCUUCUUAAACCAGGUGUAGUUCUCCACUGCUGGGUUGGCGUGGCUGCUGCAGGUCAGAUUCACAGAGCUUCCCUCUAACAAUGGACCAGAGGGACUGACUGACACCAAGGUGUUCCUUGUGGCAUCUAAAGCAAGCAGAAAGGUGAUAACUGCUCCAUAUUAAGUAAUGAUUAAUAAACAGUCCUGGGCCCGGUUUCCUGAUAGUGAUGGAAUUUAAGCUUAAGAGUGUUUUAAUUAUGCAUCUUUCCUACAACGGCCAAAAAUAUAUCAUUAGUUUCCCAAAACACCAUGCAGAGAGAACAUUUGCUAAGUGAGUUGUUGAGGAAUGUGUCGAUACUGAUAGGAUUGAAAGAAAGGCAACACUGUCCUCGGAUCAGCUUUCUCCAUUAAAAUCUUACCUUAACAUUAGAAUUAUUCAACAAUACUGACGAAGGAUCAGCUACUAGAAAGACAUUACCUACGGCUGCAAAUAUUGAGGCGGCUUAUUCUAAUGCUUACCCUAUAAUAAUACAGUAAAUCAAGAUUUGGCACAUAAUUGUGCACGUUACACAUAAUAAAAUAUAUUGAGGCAAAAAUGACAGACAGUAGCCUACAAUUAGCAAGAUAGAACUCAAUUCAAUGAUCAUGAAAUUGAUUUCUAUAUUCUUGAAUUAUAUAGGCCUACAGUGCCUUCGGAAAGUAUUCAGACCCCUUGACUUUUUUUUAAAAAUAUUUUAAACAGAAAUAUCUUAUUUACAUACAGUACCAGUCAAAAGUUUGGACACACCUACUCAUUCCAGGGUUUUCUUAUUUUUUUAAACUAUUUUUUACAUUGUAGAAUAAUAGUGAAGACAUCAAUACUAUGAAAUAACACAAAUGGAAUCAUGUAGUAAAAAACUGUUAAACAAAUCAACAUAUAUUUUAUAUUUCAGAUUCUUCAAAUAGCCACCCUUUGCCUUGAUGACAGCUUUGCACACUCUUGGCAUUCUCUCAACCAGCUUCAUGAGGUAGUCACCUGGAAUGCAUUUCAAUUAACUGGUGUGCCUUCUUAAAAGUUAAUUUGUGGAAUUUCUUUCCUUCUUAAUACUUUUGAGCCAAUCAGUUGUGCUGUGACAAGGUAGGGGGUAUACAGAAGAUAGCCCUAUUUGGUAAAAUACCAAGUCCAUGUUAUGGCAAGAACAGCUCAAAUAAGCAAAGAAAAACGAAAGUCCAUCAUUACUUUAAGACAUGAAGGUCAGUCAAUCCGGAACAUUUCAAGAACUUUGUGCAGUUGCAAUAACCAUCAAACACUAUGAUGAAACUGGCUCUCAUGAGGACCGCCACAGGAAUGGAAGACCCAGAGUUACCUCUGCUGCAGAGGAUAAGUUCAUUAGAGUUCUAUAUCGUGGAGCUCCGCCCCAUAGGGGAGCUAUGCACCUAUUGGUUUACUCCGCUGCCUAGGCAGUGAACAGCCUGAGACAAAAUUAUGCACACACCUGCAGCCAAUAGGAGUACAGGUGUCCCUAUAAGAGGUGACGCUUCCCCUCAAUCAGCCUCCCAUUAUCUUCAGCGACUGGACUAGACUGAAGAGCCUAGGAAGAGAUGAAGACUCAGGACGAAGAUAACGGCGUCGAUUUCCAGCUCUCGACGUCGUCCUAGAAUGAGCACACUGGGAAGUUUUCCACCCCCAAAAGCUUUUUUCAGAGCUCCUCCAUGGCGGCUGCGGACCCAAGGACGGCAUCAGCGAUCCCCCUAUUUGCGCCAGCUGCGCCCUCCUUCCAUUGAAGGAGAGGAAGCAGCGCUGGGCCUUUUAUAGGGAGGAUAUCCCUUUAGAGGACGUGACGUGCUAUCGGUGUUAGCCUCAGCUUCUGAGGCGUCAUCCGAAGGCACCGACUCUGGAGAAGACAGGGAUGACGGGGAUGAGAUGGACAUUCCUAUGGAACAGCCCGUCCCUCUGACCCAAACCUUCAAGACCCCCUUUCCUUUGGAGAGUGAGAGGUCCAACAACAUUGCCCUCCUCGCGGCCUCUCUGUUCCGUCUAACCACGGGUAGGACUGAGCUCACGAGAGAGGAGGUGGAAGAGGCGUCCAGGAUUUCUGGCGCUAUUCUCCACCUGACUCAAGCGUCGGCCGUCUGUGUGGGGAGGUCCAUGGCCACUUCGGUGGUCACGGAGCGACACCUCUGGCUGUCCAUGACGGCCAUGAAAGAGGCAGACAGAGCGUCACUUCUUAACGCCCCCAUCUCUGACGAAGGUCUCUUCGGAGUCACCAUCAAAGAGGCGACGGAGCGGUUUAUGAAGUUGGACGAGGAGAGGAAGCAGCUGGCCAGACACCUGCCACUGGCAGGGAAGUCUAGCCACGUGCCGCAGAAGCUGUCCACCUCCACUGCCUCCAGUAGGUCAGGAUCUACAGCGAGGCGUCGUGCCCGGCGUCAGGCGUCGGUCUCAAGCAGCAGGCGAGAGGGCCCCGCCCCCCAGCAGCACCCGAGGCCUCGACGGUUCCGCCGGCCAGAGAGGUGGUCAGAACGCCGACCUGGCAGCCAGAAGAGACGGCGCCAAUGACGGGACAAGGGGGAGAGAAUGGGAGCUGGCACAGUGCAUGGUUCGACUGAGCCCACUAUUCCCCCCCACCCUUCUGUUGAGGGUACGGAGGAGACUGUAUGUUUCGAUGUGUAUAAUAAAGAGUUGGCUCCAAUUGACUUUGUCACAAGAGAGCCCUUUUCCAUAACACGUCUGAGAAUGUUCAGAACCCUUCACACUCUAUUGUUACAAAGAAACCACUACUAAAGGACACCAAUAAUAAGAAGAGACCUACUUGGGCCAAGAAACACGAGCAAUAUACUUUAGACUGCUGGAAAUGUGUCCUUUGGUCUGGAGUCCAAAUUUGAGAUUUUUGGUUCCAACCUCAGUGUCUUUGUGAGACGCAGUGUGGGUGAACGGAUGAUCUCCACAUGUUUAUUUCCCACCGUAAAGCAUGGAGGAGGAGGUGUUAUGGUGUGGGGGUGCUUUGCUGGUGGCACACUUAACCAGCAUGGCUACCACAGCAUUCUGCAGCGAUACGCCAUCCCAUCUGGUUUAGGCUUAGUGGGAUAAUCAUUUGUUUUUCAACAGGACAAUGACCUAACACAACUCCAGGCUGUGUAAGGGCUAUUUAACCAAGAACGAGAGUGAUGGAGUGCUGCAUCAGAUGACAUGGCCUCCACAAUCCCCCGACCUCAACCCAAUUGAGAUGUUUUGGGAUAAGUCGGACCACAGAGUGAAGGAAAAACAGUCAACAAGUGCUCUGCAUAUGUGGGAACUCCUUCAAGACUGUUGGAAAAGCAUUCCAGGUGACGCUGGUUGAGAGAAUGCCAAGAGUGUGCAAAGCUGUCAUCAAGGCAAAGGGUGGCUAUUUGAAGAAUCUGAAAUAUAAAAUAUAUGUUUUUUGGUUAAUACAUGAUUCCAUAUGUGUUAUUUCAUAGUUUUGAUAUCUUCACUAUUAUUCUACAAUGUAAAAAAUUGUAAAAAUAAAGAUAAACCCUUGAAUGAGUAGGUGUGUCCAAACUUUUGACUGGUAAUGUAAGUAUUCAGACCCUUUGCUAUGACACUCGAAAUUGAUCUCAGCUGCAUCCUGUUUCCAUUGAUCAUCCUUGAGAUGUUUCUAGAACUUGAUUGGAGUCCAUCUGUGGUAAAUUCAAUUGAUUGGACAUGAUUUGGAAAGGCACACACCUGUCUAUAUAAAAUCCAACAGUUGACAGUGCAUGUCAGAGCAAAAACCAAGCCAUGAGGUUGAAGGAAUUGUCCGUAGAGCUUCAAAACAGGAUUGUGUCGAGGCACAGAUCUGGGGAAGGGUACCAAAAAAUGUCUGCAGCAUUGAAGGUCCCCAAGAACACAGUGGCUUCCAUCAUUCUUAAAUGCAAGAAGUUUGGAACCACCAAGACUCUUCCUAGAGCUGGCCGCCCGGCCAAACUGAGCAAUCGGGGGAAAAGGGCCUUGGUCAGGGAGGUGACCAAGAACCCGAUGGCCACUCUGACAGAGCUCUAGAGUUCCUCUGUGGAGAUGGGAGAACCUUUCAGAAGGACAACCAUCUAUGCAGCACUCCACCAAUCAGACCUUUAUGGUAUAGCGGCCAGACGGAAGCCUCUCCUCAGUAAAAGGUGCAUUACAGCCCACUUGGAGUUUGCCAAAAGGCACCUAAAGACUCUCUAACCAUGAGAAACAAGAUUCUCUGGUCUGAUUUGUUUUGGUUCUGUCCAUUUGUAGCUUGUUUUUGGACACAGGUCCAGGAAUGGCUAAAGGAUUGCAAUAUUUACCUGGAACUAACCUUGCAGAUAGCAUUACUGGGUGAUCUGAAAAGUCAUAGUCAAUCAAUCAAUAAUAUAAUAAUACUUUUAGCAAAAAUGUUUAUUUUUAAUUCACAAUCUGUAGAAGCAAUGAGAAUAGAAAGGUUCAGAACUUUUGUAAAACAUCACAGUAUGGUUGAAAUAUAUAUGGCAAAUAGAAAUCCUAUAUGGAUGGUGUUAAGAGAUAGAUGGGAGGUAUUGAAUAGAGUUGAAGGAUGGGACUAAUAACAAAUAACAACAAAUAAUAACAAAGAUAGCUAAUAAUGUAAGCAUACUGUGUCCAUAAUAAGUAUAUAGGUUGUAUGUUGGGAGCUUUUGGGAAAGAGCACAGUUAGAAAGAUAUGGCAUUUAGAAGCAAACCGGAUGGACAUCAUGAAAAUGAUCGGAGAGGUUGAGAGUAGAAGAAGUUCAGGAGCAAAAAAAAAAAAAAAAAAAAAAAUAUAUAUAUAUAUAUAUAUAUAUAUAUAUAUAUAUAUAUAUAUAUAUAGAUAUAUAAUUAUUGUAAAAUUAACUCUGUCCAUAAGGUGUAGAUAGUAAGUAUAGACCGGAAGUAGAGGCCUGGGCGUUGUUGUUCACUAAUUUACUCCAAGUAGGGAAAGGAUGGUGGGGUUGAAAAGUAAUAAAGGGGAAUAUAUAUAUAUAAAAAAUAAAAAAAACAUGGGGGAUUGGAAGUGAUGCAGACAAUUACAUUGAUAGAAGAUACAAUCUAUCUGCAAUAUUAAGCUGAUCCAUCCCCCCAAAAAAUAAAUAAAAUAAAAAUAAAAUAAAUAAAAAAAUUAUACAAAAAAAAAAAAAAGAUUCUCUGGUCUGAUGAAAUCACGAUUGAACUCUUUGGCCUGAAUACCAAGUGUCACGUCUGGAGGAAACCUGGUACCAUCCCUAUGGUGAAGCAUGGUGGUGGCAACAUCAUGCUGUGGGGAUGUUUUUCAGUGGCAGGGACUGGGAGACUAGUCAGGAUAGAGGGAAAGAUGAACAGAGAAAAGUACAGAGAGAUCCUUGAUGAAAACCUGCUCCAGAGCACUCAGGACCUCAGGCUGGGGUGAAGGUUCACCUUCCAACAGGACAACGACCCUAAGCACACAGCCAAGACAAUGCAGGAGUGGCUUCGGGACAAGUCUCUGAAUGUCCUUGAGUGGCCCAGCCAGAGCCCGGACUUGAACCCGAUCGAAUAUCUCUGGAGAGACCUGAAAAUAGCUGUGCAGCAAUGCUCCCCAUCCAACCUGACAGAGCUUGAGAGGAUCUGCAAAGAGGAAUGGGAGAAACUCCCCAAAUACAGGUGUGCCAAGCUUGUAGCGUCAUACCCAAGAAGACUCGAGGCUGUAAUCGCUGCCAAAGGCGCUUCAACAAAGUACUGAGUAAAGGGUCUGAAUACUUAUUUUUAUGAUUAGCAAACAUUUCUACAAAACUGUUUUUGCUUUUUCAUUAUGGGGUAUUGAGUGUAGAUUGAUGAGGAAAAAUAACAAUUUAAUACAUUUUAGAAUAAGGCUUUAAAGUAAGAAAAUGUGGAAAAAGUCAAGGGGUCUGAAUACUUUCCGAAUGCACUGUAUAUGUCGCCUAUACUCAGCAUUCGGUAGGUUACUUUCUAAAUAUAAUCCGUUACAGUUACUAGUUACCAAUGUUCCCUCUAAACUGUGACACGCAGCUCCCCAGGGACUGCCAUGCAGACGAAAUAUCAGCCAGCGCAGGGAAGCACGAGACUCAACUUUCUAGAGCUUUCCACAUUAGUUAACACUAUCAACCUUUCCCUUUACUGUGGGAGUUGUGAUAGAAUCAACACAAUAUUAGCCACUUUCAAUGCAACAUAUUGAAACAAAAUGAACUAUGCAAGACUUAGUAUUCAAAACAAACUAUGCAAGAGAUUUUGUUGUAGGUGGAACGCAUCGGAGUAUGAUUCUAUUGCAUUGACAGUAGGAUGACCACAUUUAAAAUACCCAAAUGUGGGUAUUCUUUAAAUAUUCAAGUUGGAUAAUCUUUGGAUGCCGACAGCAGUCGCAUCAUUGGAAGACAUAUCUUGCUUGGACUGUAGCCUACAAAAGCCUAUUCCUGCUCUUUUCCCGUGAUCCAGCAAAAGCAUUUUGUGUGUCAUCAUAGUGGUCUCUGACUUGUGGUCAGACUCACUCAGGCAGAACAAAUUUAAACUUAGACCUUUUUUCAAUGCUGAUUUGAAUGUCAUUGACAAAAAAUAAAUCGCAAACAUUGUUUCUGAAUGUAAAAGUAAUCCUAGAAGUAAUCAUCCACUUUUUCAAAAGUAUCUGUAAUCUGAUUACAAUAUUUUUGCUGGUAAAGUAACAGAUUACAGUUACAGUUUUUUCAUAAUCCGUUAUAUGUAACAUGUAAUCUGUUACUCUCCAACCCUGCCUAUACUGUAGGCUAUAUUUUAAUGCAGUUAUCUCUGUUUUCAUUUGAAACAUAUUUUUAUCCUUCGCUUGUUUGUAACAAUUGCAAAGACAUUGGCAACUUUACAUUUUUUGUCAACUUCAUUGUGAAGUUAUUGGUGGUCACAGAGAGACAAAUAAACAUCUUUGAUUCUAUGUUUAGCGGAGGUCUGUGUAUAAUGUGACGCGGUAGGGAAAAAACGCAUCUAACGAUGCACUUAGCUGUUCUAUGAGUGGUCUGAGGCAGGCGGUAAUUAACAAGCAUUUUCAAGUGAAACUUAGAAAUGACGGUUUUACGAGAUUUAACGAUGCUCCUACAAAGGUUCUAAUGAUUAACAUAGCCUUAAGAUGAUUUUGGGAAAUCGGGCCCUGGCUUACAGGGAAUUGAGAUUGACUCCAACUGCUGACCCGUUAUGUUUACACCGUUGUGGAAAACUGUUGCAGUGUGAUUAAACUGUCUUGCUAAACAACAUAACGUUUUAACAACCUGCUUCCCUAUAAAGAAAGCACACACAAUUUAGCACAAAAAACUGACAUCCCAACAUAGCAAGCAGACUUAACUUACACAGACCAUCAAGAACCAGGACUGAUGAGUUGAGGGCUCCAUGUUUGUUCCAUGCCUCACAGUAAUACCUCCCUGAGUUAGCAGGAGAGACAGCCUCAAAUAACAACUGAGUCCCUGACUGGACAGGGGUGCUACCAUUGACUCUGUACCAGGUGUAGCUCACUGCUGGGUUAGCAUGGCUGCUGCAGGUUAGAUUCACAGAGCUGCCCUCUACCACUGGACCAGAGGGACUGACUGUUACUGCGAUGUUCUCAGGAGGGUCUGCAAGACAAAACAAAUAGCUGCGAGUACAUCAAAUAUACUUUUUUCUUUCACACAGCCAAAAGGUACUGGCAUCACAAAGUGACUCAUGUUGGCCUACAGUUAGUUAGCACCGAAUUAAACUGCCAAUACUCACACUGAACAUUGAGGGUAGUUUGAUUAGAUCUGACUGUGUUGAUACUGUUUCUGGCAUCACAGUAGUACCUUCCACUGUUCCCUGGAUGUGAGACAGCCACCAUGCCACAACAGUAGAGCCCUGCCCACUCUCCCUAUACAUGAUAUAGCUCAACACAGGGGGGUUUGCACUGCAGCUGCAGGUGAGAGUGACUGAGAUACCCUUAACAACAUCUACAGAUGGACUGACAGACAAUAUGACAUUCUUUGGAGCAUCUGUAGGAGAGGGAGUAAGGUUACAGGUGUUUAUAUAAUGUUGAACAUAUCUCUUAUAGAAAAACCCUACUACAUACCUCUUACCACACAUAAUGUUGCCUGUAUAUUUCACAAAAUCAUAACACUGAACUUUCAUCCCUAUUAGUGGUCCGGUAAAUGUAAUGGUUUAGACUUUUUCCAUUGGUGUUCUCAGAACAGUUCUGCAUUCAGUUAGUAGCCUAUAGUUCACUGUUAUUUCCUCUCACCAUACCCUGUCAUUAUGAACAUCAUCCUCAAACUGCUUAACUUCCCCUAAAAGUAACCACAAUGUAAACACACAGCCAGGCUUAGCAAAUAGAGACUGCAGCUUUUCAAGGCAAAUUCAAAUUUCUUAUCAAGCACAUUCAAAUUCAGCCGAAACUGACAAAGACUGUUAUGCCAGAGCACUAUUUCAUCAACAUCCUUCUUCCAAAAUCACCCCUAUUCAUUAGAAUCAGUAAUGCAAUGAUGUCCCCUUUGAACUUCAGAAGCAGCACAUCUUUGGUGCAGAGCUUUGAACGCAGAUAGCUGCUCCAUUAAGUAGAUCAUGUAUUUACUCACAUUGGACAUAAAGAGACACUGGAGCAGAAGAUAGAUGAUCUUGACCUUGAAUAGCACAUUGGUAGCUGCCAGAAUCCUCAAUGCUGGCCAGGAACUCUGUGUUGGGUGCUGAGUGUUCAUCCCUGAACCAGACAAUAGCGGGAUGGUCACAUUUUUGUGUCACCUUCUCUCCCUCUCUCACAGUGGAAGAUUUUACUUUGGCUGUCAGCCGUUGUAGAGAGGAGAAAGAAACAGAGAUAUCAUUGAAAAUGUUAUAGUGUUAUGAAAGUGGGCUUUACUUCUGGUAUCAAACUCACCUGUCAAAGUUAGUGAAACCCCUGUGUUACUGCUCCAUCCAUUUGUUUCUUUUUUUUCAUUAACGGUCUCAAAUCUGAAGUGGUAUUGUGUUGUUGCAACACUACUAAUUAGGUUAUUAAUUCUCAAAGUGCAGUUGUGCUCUUUGUUUCCAAGGUAUAUUGAACGCUCUGUGUAUUCCUUGGACAUCAAGAGAUCGUUGUCCUUCCCUUGACUCCAGAAGUACAAGAAGGUAUUUGUUAUAGUCUGGUCUGAGGGGUAGUCAUAAGUGCAUCCAAACACCACUGAUGACCCCUCUAAGGCACAUGGUUGUAAAUUGCUUAAAGUCACCUUCCAAUUACUCUCACAAACACCUUUAAAAAACAACACUCUCCCACAUGCCUUAAGGCGAACACUAAAUGUGUUUGCUUAUUGUUUUCUUUAAGCAAUGGCUUUUUUCCUGGCCACUCUUCACUAAAGCCCAGCUCUGUGGAGUGUAUGGCUUAAAGUGGUCCUAUGGACAGAUACUCCAAUCUCCGCUGUGGAGCUUUGCAGCUCCUUCAGGGUUAUCUUUGGUCUCUUUGUUGCCUCUCUGAUUAAUGGCCUCCUUGCCUGGUCCAUGACUUUUGGUGGGCAGCCCUCUCUUGGCAGGUUUGUUGUGGUGCCAUAUUCUUUCAAUUUUUUUAUAAUGGAUUUAAUGGCGCUCCGUGGGAUGUUCAAAGUUUCGGAUAUUUUUUUUUAUAACCCAACCCUGAUCUGUACUUCUCCACAACUUUGUCCCUGACCUGUUUGGAGAGCUCCUUGGGCUUCAUGGUGGUGGUGCCGCUUGCUUAGUGGUGUUGCAGACUCUGGGGCCUUUCAGAACAGGUGUAUAUAUACUGAGAUCAUGUGACAUUUAGAUUGAACACAGGUGGACCUUAUUUAACUAAUUAUGUGACUUCUGAAGGUAAUUGGUUGCACCAGAUCUUAUUUAGGGGCUUCAUAGCAAAGGGGAUGAAUACAUACAGUGAGGGAAAAAAGUAUUUGAUCCCCUGCUGAUUUUGUACAUUUGCCCUCUGACAAAGACAUGAUCAGUCUAUAAUUUUAAUGGUAGGUUUAUUUGAACAGUGAGAGACAGAAUAAAAACAAAAGAAUCCUGAAAAACGCAUGUCAAAAAUUUCAUAAAUUGAUUUGCAUUUUAAUGAGGGAAAUAAGUAUUUGACCCCUCUGCAAAACAUGACUUAGUACUUGGUGGCAAAACCCUUGUUGGCAAUCACAGAGUUCAGACGUUUCUUGUAGUUGGCCACCAGGUUUGCACACAUCUCAGGAGGGAUUUUGUCCCACUCCUCUUUGCAGAUCUUCUCCAAGUCAUUGAGGUUUCGAGGCUAACGUUUGGCAACUCGAACUUUCAGCUCCCUCCACAGAUUUUCUAUGGGAUUAAGGUCUGGAGACUGGCUAGGCCACUCCAGGACCUUAAUGUGCUUCUUCUUGAGCCACUCCUUUGUUGCCUUGGCCGUGUGUUUUGGGUCAUGGUCAUGCUGGAAUACCCAUCCACGACCCAUUUUCAAUGCCCUGGCUGAGGGAAGGAGGUUCUCACCCAAGAUUUGAUGGUACAUGGCGCCGUCCAUCGUCCCUUUGAUGCAGUGAAGUUGUCCUGUCCCCUUAGCAGAAAAACACCCCCAAAGCAUAAUGUUUCCACCUCCAUCAAAUCAAAUCAAAUCAAAUUGUAUUGGUCACAUGCGCCGAAUACAACAGGUGCAGAUAUUACAGUGAAAUGCUUACUUACAGCUCUUAACCAACAGUGCAUUUAUUUUUAACAAAAAAAGUAAAAAUAAAACAACAACAAAAAAAGUGUUGAGAAAAAAAAGAACAGAAGUAAAAUAAAAUAACAGUAGGGAGGCUAUAUACAGUGGGGAAAAAAGUAUUUAGUCAGCCACCAAUUGUGCAAGUUCUCCCACUUAAAAAGAUGAGAGAGGCCUGUAAUUUUCAUCAUAGGUACACGUCAACUAUGACAGACAAAUUGAGGAAAAAAAAUCCUGAAAAUCACAUUGUAGGAUUUUUUAUGAAUUUAUUUGCAAAUUAUGGUGGAAGAUAAGUAUUUGGUCACCUACAAACAAGCAAGAUUUCUGGCUCUCACAGACCUGUAACUUCUUCUUUAAGAGGCUCCUCUGUCCUCCACUCGUUACCUGUAUUAAUGGCACCUGUUUGAACUUGUUAUCAGUAUAAAAGACACCUGUCCACAACCUCAAACAGUCACACUCCAAACUCCACUAUGGCCAAGACUAAAGAGCUGUCAAAGGACACCAGAAACAAAAUUGUAGACCUGCACCAGGCUGGGAAGACUGAAUCUGCAAUAGGUAAGCAGCUUGGUUUGAAGAAAUCAACUGUGGGAGCAAUUAUUAGGAAAUGGAAGACAUACAAGACCACUGAUAAUCUCCCUCCAUCUGGGGCUCCACGCAAGAUCUCACCCCAUGGGGUCAAAAUGAUCACAAGAACCACACGGGGGGACCUAGUGAAUGACCUGCAGAGAGCUGGGACCAAAGUAACAAAGCCUACCAUCAGUAACACACUAUGCCGCCAGGGAUUCAAAUCCUGCAGUGCCAGACGUGUCCCCCUGCUUAAGCCAGUACAUGUCCAGGCCCGUCUGAAGUUUGCUAGAGUGCAUUUGGAUGAUCCAGAAGAGGAUUGGGAGAAUGUCAUAUGGUCAGAUGAAACCAAAAUAUAACUUUUUGGUAAAAACUCAACUCGUCGUGUUUGGAGAGAAUGAAUGGGGCCAUGUAUCGUGAGAUUUUGAGUGAAAACCUCCUUCCAUCAGCAAGGGCAUUGAAGAUGAAACGUGGCUGGGUCUUUCAGCAUGACAAUGAUCCCAAACACACCGCCCGGGCAACGAAGGAGUGGCUUCGUAAGAAGCAUUUCAAGGUUCUGGAGUGGCCUAGCCAGUCUCCAGAUCUCAACCCCAUAGAAAAUCUUUGGAGGGAGUUGAAAGUCCGUGUUGCCCAGCGACAGCCCCAAAACAUCACUGCUCUAGAGGAGAUCUGCAUGGGGGAAUGGGCCAAAAUACCAGCAACAGUGUGUGAAAACCUUGUGAAGACUUACAGAAAACGUUUGACCUGUGUCAUUGCCAACAAAGGGUAUAUAACAAAGUAUUGAGAAACUUUUGUUAUUGACCAAAUACUUAUUUUCCACCAUAAUUUGCAAAUAAAUUCAUAAAGAAUCCUACAAUGUGAUUUUCAAGAAAAAAAAAUCUAAUUUUGUCUGUCAUAGUUGACGUGUACCUAUGAUGAAAAUUACAGGCCUCUCUCAUCUUUUUAAGUGGGAGAACUUGCACAAUUGGUGGCUGACUAAAUACUUUUUUCCCCACUGUAUACAGGGGGGUACCGUAGCAGAGUCAAUGUGCGGGGGCACCGGCUAGUUGAGGUAGUUGAGGUAAUAUGUACAUGUGGGUAGAGUUAAAGUGACUAUGCAUAAAUAAUUAACAGAGUAGCAGCAGCGUAAAAAGGAUGGGGUGGGGGGGGCAGUGCAAAUAGUCCGGGUAGCCAUGAUUAGCUGUUCAGGAGUCUUAUGGCUUGGGGGUAGAAGCUGUUGAGAAGUCUUUUGGACCUAGACUUGGCACUCCGGUACCGCUUGCCGUGCGGUAGCAGAAAGAACAGUCUAUGACUAUGGUGGCUGGAGUCUUUGACAAUUUUGAGGGCCUUCCUCUGACACCGCCUGGUAUAGAGGUCCUGGAUGGCAGGAAGCUUGGCCCCAGUGAUGUACUGGGCCGUACGCACUACCCUCUGUAGUGCCUUGCGGUCGGAGGCCAAGCAGUUGCCAUACCAGGCGGUGAUGCAACCAGUCAGGAUGCUCUCGAUGGUGCAGCUGUAGAAUUUUUUGAGGAUCUGAGGACCCAUGCCAAAUCUUUUCAGUCUCCUCAGGGGGAAUAGGCUUUGUCGUGCCCUCUUCACGACUGUCUUGGUGUGUUUGGACCAUGAUAGUUCGUUGGUGAUGUGGACACCAAGGAACUUGAAGCUCUCAACCUGUUCCACUACAGCCCCGUCGAUGAGAAUGGGGGCGUGCUCAGUCCUCUUUUUUUUCCUGUAGUCCACAAUCAUCUCCUUUGUCUUGGUCACGUUGAGGGAGAGGUUGUUGUCCUGGCACCACACGGCCAGGUCUCUGACCUCCUCCCUAUAGGCUGUCUCAUCGUUGUCGGUGAUCAGGCCUACCACUGUUGUGUCGUCGGCAAACUUAAUGAUGGUGUUGGAGUCGUGCCUGGCCAUGCAGUCAUGGGUGAACAUAGAGUACAGGAGGGGACUGAGCACGCACCCCUGAGGGGCCCCCGUGUUGAGGAUCAGUGUGGCAGAUAUGUUGUUACCUACCCUUACCACCUGGGUGCGGCCCGUCAGGAAGUCCAGGAUCCAGUUGCAGAGGGAGGUGUUUAGUCCCAAGAUCCUUAGCUUAGUGAUGAGCUUAGAGGGCACUAUGGUGUUGAAUGCUGAGCUGUAGUCAAUUAAUAGCAUUCUCACGUAGGUGUUCCUCUUGUCCAGGUGGGAAAGGGCAGUGUGGAGUGCAAUAGAGAUUGCAUCAUCUGUGGAUCUGUUGGGGCGGUAUGCAAAUUGAGUGGGUCUAGGGUUUCUGGGAUGAUGCUGUUGAUGUGUGCCAUGACCAGCCUUUCAAAGCACUUCAUGGCUACAGACGUCAGUGCUACGGGUCGGUAGUCAUUUAGGCAGGUUAUCUUAGAGUCCUUGGGCACGGGGACUAUGGUGGUCUGCUUGAAACAUGUUGGUAUUACAGACUCAGUCAGGGACAUGUUGAAAAUGUCAGUGAAGACACUUGCCAGUUGGUCAGCACAUGCUCGGAGUACACGUCCUGGUAAUCCGUCUGGCCCUGCGGCCUUAUGAAUGUUGACCUGCUUAAAAGUCUUACUCACAUCGGCUACGGAGAGCGUGAUCACAUAGUCAUCCGGAACAGCUGGUGCUCUCAUGCAUGCUUCAGUGUUGCUUGCCUCGAAGCGAGCAUAGAAGUAGUUUAGCUCGUCUGGUAGGCUUGUGUCACUGGGCAGCUCGCGGCUGUGCUUCCCUUUGUAGUCUGUAAUAGUUUUCAAGCCCUGCCACAUCCGACGAGCGUCAGAGCCAGUGUAGUACGAUUCAAUCUUAGUCCUGUAUUGACUCUUUGCCUGUUUGAUGGUUCGUCGGAGGGUAUAGCGGGAUUUCUUAUAAGCGUCCGGGUUAGAGUCCCGUUCCUUGAAAGCGGCAGCUCUACCCUUUAGCUCAGUGCGGAUGUUUCCUGUAAUCCAUGACUUCUGGUUGGGGUAUGUACGUACGGUCACUGUGGGGACGACAUCAUCGAUGCACUUAUUGAUGAAGCCAGUGACUGAUGUGGUGUACUCCUCAAUGCUGUCUGAAGAAUCCCGGAACAUGUUCCAGUCUGUGCUAGCAAAACAGUCCUGUAGCUUAGCAUCUGCGUCAUCUGAACACUUUUUUAUUAACCGAGUCACUGGUGCUUCCUGCUUUAGUUUUUGCUUAUAAGCAGGAAUCAGGAGGAUAGAGUUAUGGUCAGAUUUGCCAAAUGGAGGGCGAGGGAGAGCUUUGUAUGCGUCUUUGUGUGUGGAGUAAAGGUGGUCUAGAGUUUUUUUUCCUCUGGUUGCACAUUUAACAUGCUGGUAGAAAUUAGGUAGAACGGAUUUAAGUUUACCUGCAUUAAAGUCCCCGGCCACUAGGAGCGCUGCAUCUGGAUGAGCGUUUUCCUGUUGAUUUAUGGCCUUGUACAACUCAUUCAGUGCAAUCUUAAUGCCAGCAUUGGUUUGUGGUGGUAAAUAGACAGCUAUGAAAAAUAUAGAUGAAAACUCUCUUGGUAAAUAGUGUGGUCUACAGCUUAUCAUAAGAUACUCUACCUCAGGCGAGCAAAACCUCGAGACUUCCUUAGUAUUUGAUUUUGUGCACCAGCUGUUGUUUACAAAUAUACACAGACCGCCACCCCUUGUCUUACUGGAGUCAACCGUUCUAUCCUGCCGAUGUAGCGUAUAGCCCGCUAGCUGUAUGUUAUCAAUGUCGUCGUUCAGCCACGACUCGGUGAAACAUAAUAUAUUACAGUUGGUAGGAUAACCGUAAUCUUAGGUCAUCCAAUUUAUUUUCAAAUGAUUGAACGUUGGCUAAUAGGAUUGAUGGAAGAGGCAGUUUACUCGCUCGCCGUCGGAUCCUUACAAGGCACCCCGAUCUACGUCCACGAUAUCUCCGUCUCUUCCUCACGCGAAUGACGGGGAUUUGGGCCUUGUCGGGUGUCUGUAUGAUAUCCUUCGCGGCCGCCUCGUUGAAGAAAAAAUCUUCGUCCAAUACGAGGUGAGUAAUCGCUGUCCUGAUAUCCAGAAGCUCUUUUUGGUUAUAAGAGACGAUGGCAGAAACAUUAUGUACAAAAUAAAUGACAAAUAAAGCGGAAAAACACACAUAAUAGUACAAUUGGUUAGAGGGCUGUAAAACGGCAGCCAUCUUCUCCGGCGCUGUUUUCUCAAUGGUUUGACUGGGGAUGGUGUUCUUGGGGUCAUAGGCAGCAUUCCUUCUCCUCCAAACACGGCGAGUUGAGUUGAUGCCAAAGAGCUCGAUUUUGGUCUCAUCUGUCCACAACACUUUAACCCAGUUCUCCUCUGAAUCAUUCAGAUGUUCAUUGGCAAACUUCAGACAGGCCUGUAUAUGUGCUUUCUUGAGCAGGGGGACCUUGCGGGCGCUGCAGGAUUUCAGUCCUUCACGGCGUAGUGUGUUACCAAUUGUUUUCUUGGUGACUAUGGUUCCAGCUGCCUUGAGAUCAUUGACAAGGUCCUCCCGUGUAGUUCUGGGCUCAUUCCUCACCGUUCUCAUGAUCAUUGCAACUCCACGAGGUGAGAUCUUGCAUGGAGCCCCAGGCUGAGGGAGAUUGACAGUUAUUUUGUGGAGGAAAAUAUUGUUUUUCCUAAUCAUAUUUUUUGUGAUUCAAUAACUGUUUAGGGUUAAAAAAAGCAUCCUACAAUUUCCACAUUUUAAUUUUUUAUUUUACAGCAUGUCCACUGUAGUGGACAACAGGAUCAUUUGAGUACGAAAAGAGACACAUUUGGUAGAUACACAUUUUUACAGAGUUCUUACAGAUUACAGAGUUUUUAUGAACUAAGAAUACAUACAUUUUGGGCUGUAGAUUGAUUAUUAUCCAAGAAUACAGACAUUUUGAUUAUACAAUACACAUUAAUCAUUCUUGAAUCCUUUUCCUUACAUUUCGCAAGGAUAGCUUUACCAUUAAAGCUUAACACUUUGUUAUGUCCAUAUCCUUUGAUUGGUCCCCUUGAAUCCUUUCAGUGUUAUUUGAACAAUGAACAUAUAACUAAUGUGUAACAGAUUUAUUUUGGAUUUUUUCCUUCUGUCAAACUGAAUCCAAUCUAGCUUUUUCCUUCACUCUUCAUUUUGUUCUUAGUAUUUUCUUUGUUAGUGGUGAAAGUCCUGGAAGCAAUUUCUCUUUUUGGUAAUGCAGAGGAACAUCUUGCAUUUGGUACAUCUCAUGUACGUCUUGCUCUUGCAGCCCUUAUUUCUGCAUCUUUCUGCAUGCUUGGUAUCAAUCAUCUCAGGCAUGUGCAUGGCUCCUAGUCUGCGCACAGAUGGCUCUGGUUGUGGGAUCCUCAUUUUAGAUGGUGGCUCAUACUCAUCCUCACUCUCUUCACAGCUGUUUUCCAGUUCCGGACUCUCCAACAGCUCCUCAGCUAGGAGUAGUUUGAAGUCCAGGUACUGAUGUGUGUUCUUGGAUGGUCUGUGCAGAGCUUUGCUGUCAGACUGGUAUUGUAUCCAGGAGUUGGUGAUGGCAACAUCAAAGAAGUGACUGAUCACGCGCGAUGUCCACUUCUUGGUCCUGCUUGACAUACGAUAGAAGCUAAGCAUGCGAUCACAAAGAUCUACGCCACCCAUGUUAUCAUUAUACUGCUUAAUUACUGCUGGUCUUUUAACCUGGACCAGGUGCUUUUCUUUCUUGGACCAUCUGGUACAGAUGUCUUCUGGGUCUUUCCCAUGUACAGUGGAUGCCAUGAGCACUGGUUUGUUGUCGAACCAUUUUGUGAUGGCCAGCUCAGGACUCUUUCUGGCCACUGACACUGAUGUUCCUCUCCCCUCUUUUUUCAACUGUUUGUCUACUGGCAGCUGGCACAGCUUUGGGACACGGUUCUUCAUUAUAGUUCCAGUUGCAGGAAGGCCCUUUGCCAGCAAUGCAUCCAAUAGAUCUAUGGUUGUGAAGUACCUGUCAAAGAAUAUGUGGCUUCCUGUUGGAACAGAUUUAACCAUGCGUAGAACUGCUGCAGCUCCAACUCCUAACCUUUGGACUGUAAAGGUAUUCUUCCCUUGGUAGACUUCAAAAUCAAGCAUCAGACCAUUUGGGGAUGCAAGGACAAAGACCUUUAGGCCAGUAGGGUUUGGCUUGCCGGGAACAUAUUGCCUGACUGGACAACGGCCUGUGAAUGGGAUGAUUUGCUCAUCAAUGCAGACCCUUUCUGGCUUUGCAAGGCUGAGACAGCCUUGGCGCACACGAUCGAGUAUUGGCCUGACUUUCCAAAGAAUAUCUGCCUUCUUUGUUUCCUCUGUUACAGCCAGGUCAUUGACAAUCUUGAGGGAAUUUCUUAUCCUGAAGAAUCUAUCCCUAGUCAUUUUGCUACUUAUGACUGGCACUUUAGUUUUGUUGGCCCAAAACAUUUUAAUUCUGGGAUAGCCAAGGCAGGCCAUGUGGACUGAAAUGCCCAAGAAUAUUUUUAUUUCUUGUGGCGUGGUGUUCAUGCACACUCCUUUGAUUUGCAGCUCUCUUUGAUUUGUGUAUGUUGCCAAAUCUUCAAAGACCUUGUUGUCAAUGUACUGUGAAAAGUAUUCAAUUGGACUCCAGUCUGCACGUGUUGUAGGGUCAUCUUGACACACAGGAAGCCCAGGUAACACAGGUGCAAAUCUGAUAUGAAGGAAAAAAUAAUAAUAAAUGAUAAGUAAUAACAGUUUAAAUACUCAAUGCAGCUGAAUUUAAAAUUGUGGAACUGCAUCAAACAUACAUGUUACUCCUGGCCCACAGAGGGCGACGAGUUUCCUGUUCAUCCCUGUCUGUAUCUGUGUCUGUGUCUGCAUCUGUCCCUUCAACUGAGCCUUCUACAUUGUCUUCCUCUUCUUCAUCACCGUUUUGUAUCACUGGUUGAAACUUAUCCUCAUCUCUCUCUGUCAGCUUCCUGCUUCUCCUGUUUGUCUCCGGGCCUCUAGAGGUCAGCUGUGUUCCCCUCUGCCUUAGUUCUUCCUCGUGUGUCCUCAUUAGUUUGAUCCAGGUCACCUGUGCCUUGUUUUCCCUUUAGUAUUUUAGCUGUGUGUUUUCCCCUUGUUUCUCACUUGGUUAUUGCGUCCUGACUAUGUGUCUCCUGCUUUGUCCCACCGUGUCUGUCCUAGUAAGCUGUUCGAAGUUAUCUUUAGUUUGUUUUUCUCCCCUCGUGGAGUUGUUUUGUUUUGCCUCCUGUUUUGGAACAUUAAAUCAACUUACCUGGAGUAUUGCCUUGGGUGUUUCAUUUGGGUCCUACAACACCUCCUCUGUGGCUAAGGGGUAGUACCCCCCGCUUUCCACAUCUGAGACCGGAGUUCUAGCCCGGCUUGUGACACUCUCAUCAUCUGACAACUCCAAAUCUGAAUCUCCCUCGACUAUUCGGUAAAGAAUUCUUUCUGCUUCAGUUCUGUUUCCUACGACAAUGUGGAGUCAUUAUUUACAUGAAGAUAGUCCUGAUGUCCACUAUAAUUGACAUUCAUAAAAUGGCAAAUCUUUCAAAAGAUACAUAAUUUAGUUGCUAUCAGAACUAAAUAUAUGAUUCCUAACACCUUCAUGAACAAGAAAAGAUAUGAUUAUCAUAGUAACAAAACCAUAGACAAACAAUAUUUGACUUACCUCUCAUCUUUCCAUAAAAUGUGCUUGUUCCUAUGCCGUCCAUUUUGAAAGGAAAGAUAGAGGCGGUUCCCGGCCUCCCAGCCAAUCAAAUGACAUAUCACUGAAAAGCCCAGGAUGUCCUCUGUACAGUACAUCAGGAAUUAAGAGACUUGCACAAAAGAUUCCAAGAAGAGGGAUGAAACUCAAAUGUCCACUACAGUGGAUAUAAGUCAAUGGGCUGGGUCUCAGGAGGAUAAUAAAUCAAGUGUAUGAUAACAGGAAGGAAAAUAGCACCAAAAGGCUGCAUACACAAUUCAUUCUCAGCCCAACUUCUGCAUCGUAGUUGUGACAUGGUUAUUACCACAUCUCUCCAUGGUAUUUAUUUGCAUGGUUAUUUGCUGAUCAGUCUCUCUGGACGCGCUCUACAAGAUGGUGAGUAGUGCUGUUUCUCUCUGUAGAGUUUCAUGUGUUCUCUUUCCUUGAAUUGGUUCAACAGUGGUGCGUAGUGAUGUACAAUCCAUCUGUUUAGUGAGAAUUUAAAGAUAGGAUGACUAGAUGAUUUAGAGCUGUGUCCAAGUUGUGAGAGAACUCUUCAGAGACAAAGACAAAUGUUACACCUGCUUUAAGUGAAAACACUGUUGGAGCCUGUUUGAUGAUUGACUUUGGUAUUAAGUUAAGUAAUUCCGUUCUCAAAAGAAACCUCUGGUGUUUUGUAUCGAGGUGUUGCAGUUUGAUGUGAUGUGGCUCUUGAAAACAACCAGUGUGAUGCUGGUGAUUACUCUCACAUUGCCAGGUGAGUAGAAUAUAUGUAUGCUUUGAUGCUCUAUCAUCUUGUGGAUGUCAGUACUGAGUUAAGAAUUAAUUAUUGAUAUAAACUGUAUACUGUAUGUGGCUCGUACGAGAUGAACAAGGAACUGAUCAGAGGGGAUAUUUAUAAUUGUGUUACCUUGAUGGUGAAAUGUAUAUGUAUAUCAAAUGUGUAUUUAUACACUACCGGUCAAAAGUUUUAGAACACCUACUCAUUCAAGGGUUUAUCUUAAUUUGUACAAUUAAUUUUCCACAUUGAAGAAUAAUAGUGAAGACAUCAAUACUAUGAAAUAACACAUAUGGACACAUAUAACCAAAAAAGUGUUAAACAAAUCAAAAUAUAUUUUAUAUUUGAGAUUCUUCAAAUAGCCACACUUUGCACACUCUUGGCAUUCUCUCAACCAGCUUCAUGGAAUGCAUUUCAAUUAACAGGUGUGCCUUCUUAAAAGUUAAUUUGUGGAAUUUCUUUCCUUAAUGCGUUUGAGCCAAUUAGUUGUGUUGUGACAAGGUGGGGGGGGGGGGGGGGGGGGGGGGGGGAUACAGAAGAUAGCCCUAUUUGGUAAAAGACCAAGUCCAUAUUAUGGCAAGAACAGCUCAAAUAAGCAAAGAGAAACGAAAGUCCAUCAUUACUUUAAGACAUGAAGGUCAGUCAAUAUGGAAAAUGUCAAGAACUUUGAAAGUUUCUUCAAGUGCAGUCGCAAAAACCAUCAAGCACUAUGAUGAAACUGGCUCUCAUGAGGACCGCCACAGGAAUGGAAAACCCAGAGUUACCUCUGCUGCAGCGGACAAGUUCAUUAGAGUAAUCAGCCUUAUAAAUUGCAGGCCAAAUAAAUGCUUCACAGAGUUCAAGUAACAGACACAUCUCAACAUCAACUGUUCAGUGGAGACUGUGUGAAUCAGGCCUUCAAGGCCGAAUUGCUACAAAGAAACCACUACUAAAGGACACCAAUACGAAGAAGAGACUUGCUUGGACCAAGAAACACGAGCAAUGGACAUUAGACCAGUCAAAAUGUGUCCUUUGGUCUGGAGUCCAAAUUUGAGAUUUUUGGUUCCAACCGCCGUGUCCUUGUGAGAUGCGGUGUGGGUGAACGGAUGAUCUCCGCAUGUGUAGUUCCCACCGUAAAGCAUGGAGGAGGAGGUGUUAUGGUGUGUGGGUGCUUUGCUGGUGACACUGUCUGUGAUUUAUUUAGAAUUCAAGGCACACUUAACCAGAAUGGCUACCACAGCAUUCUGCAGCGAUACACAAUCCCAUUUGGUUUGGGCUUAGUUGGACUAUCAUUUGUUUUUCAACAGGACAAUGACCCAACACACCUCCAGGCAUUGUACGGGCUAUUUGACCAAGAAGGAGAGUGAUGGAGUGCUACAUCAGAUGACCUGGCCUCCACAAUCCCCCGACCUCAACCAAAUUGAGAUGGUUUGGGAUAUGUUAGGUUUGGGCUUAGUGGGACUAUCAUUUGGUUAAGUGUGCCUUGAGAGUGAAGGAAAAGCAGCCAACAAGUGCUCAGCGUAUGUGGGAACUCCAUCAAGAUUAUUGGAAAAGCAUUCCAGGUGAAGCUGGUUGAGAGAAUGCCAAGAGUGUACAAAGCUGUCAUCAAGGCAAAGGGUGGCUAUUUGAAGAAUCUCAAAUAUAAAAUAUAUUUGGAUGUUUUUAACACUUUUUUGGUAACUACAUGAUUCCUUUGAUGUCUUCACUGUUAUUCUACAAUGUAAAAAUAAAGAAAAACCCUUGAAUGAGUAGGUGUCUCCAAACUUUUGACUAGUACUGUAGAUAUCAAAUGAUAAAAUUCAAAGGGAAGGACUAUGUUAUCUGAGAUUACUUAGUAACUCACUCUUUUCGUUAAUAUAAAUACAGAGGUACUGAUAGUCUGUUUGUGCACCAGCAUGUGUAGAGUAUUAUAUCUAAAGGUAGGCCACAAAUAGGAAUGCUUUAUUUUCCUACAUUUAAAUGGAAAAUUGAUACUGUAUGUAUUUGCAUGAGUGUUGUAGAUAAGUAUGUUAACAUCACCUGUUUUGUUGUUGUUUAAAGGUGUUUGCGAGAGUAAUUGGAAGGUGACUUUAAGCAAUUUACAACUAUGUGCCUUAAAUGGGUCAUCAGUGGUGUUUGGAUGCACUUAUGACUACCCCUCAGACCAGACUAUAACAAAUACAUUCUGGUACUUCUGGAGUCAAGGGAAGAACAACGAUCUCUUGAUGUCCAAGGAAUACACAGAGCGUUCAAUAUACCUUGGAAACAAAGAGCACAACUGCACUUUGAGAAUUAAUAACUUAGUAAGUAGUGAUGCAACAAAAUACUGCUUCAGAUUUGAGACUAUUAAUACAAAUAAGAAACCGAAUGCAUGGAGCAGUAAAACAUCAGUUACACUAACUCUGACAGGUAAUUUUGCUACCAGAAGUAAAUCACACUCUCAUAACACUAUAAAACAUUCAGUGAUGACUGUUUUUCUUGCUCCUCUCUACCAGGGCUGACAGCUGUAGUCAACCCUGCCACUGUGCGAGAGGGAGAGAAGGUGACACUAACGUGUUCCACAACAUGUACACUGAGUGACCAUCCCACUAUUGUCUGGUUCAGGGAUGGACACUCAGUGCCCAACAAAGAGUUCCAGGCCAGCAUUGAGGAUGCUGGCAGAUACCGAUGUGCUGUUCAAGGUCAAGAUCAUCUCACCUCUGCUCCAGUGUCUCUUGAUGUACAAUGUGAGUAAAUACCACAUCUAUUUAACGUGAGCAGAUCAUUUUAUGCAUAUUCAAGCAGCUAUCUACGUUCAAAGCUCGGCACCAAGGAUGUGCUGCUUCUGAAAUGUGUUCGUUAAAUUGCGUGUUACAAAGAAAGUUAUGAAUCUGUUAAAAUAAUAGGAGGGAUUUUGAAAGGAUGUUGAUGAAAUUAUGCUCUCGCAUAACAGCCUUUGUCAGUUUGGUCUGAAUGUGAAUGUGCUUGAUAGCAUGUCUAUUUUCUGAGUGUGCCUGUGUGUUUGCACUUAUGGUUACCUAUAGGGGAAGUUAAGCAAGGUUAGGAUGAUAUUCAUGAUGACAGGGUAUGGUGAAAGGAAAUAGCACAGUGAACUAUAGGCUACGAACUGAAUGCAAUUAAAAUAUUCUAACCCAUUAGAUUUACUAGAACCACUCAUGGGGAUGAAGUUCCGUUAUGAUUGUGAAAUAUACAGGCAACAGAAUUUGUGGUGGGAGGUACUGUAGUAGUGUUGUGGUUCUUACACAGUUUAGUGUGAACCCCUAUAACUCCACCCAACACAGGGUUUAAUGUUCUCCCACACACAACCCCAACACAGAAGACCAGGACAGGCAAGUAUGCUCAUGGUAAGUUUAAUUUUCAAGUCAUGGGUUAAUAUGGAUUGGACCCCGUUUCCCCACCUUUCCCAGACUUUGUCAACAUGAUAGAGCCUCCCCUCAGGUAGGUUAUCCUCCCACUUACUCCCUUAGGUAAGUAUCGGGCAGGCGAAAGUGACACUACAACACACUGCUCACUGAAUUAUUCUGAUAUGGCACUGCAACAAUAUAGUCAUUCUAAGGGAAGGCACUGCGAAUAAUCUGGUGAAAGUCAUACAAUCUCACUCUGGUGCUCCACACAAUAUGGGACCCACCCUUGGCCCUGCUCUACUCUGCCAACCCUUCAAAAGGACUCUACUGCUAUAGGACAAAACAGGGAGGGGGAAAGACAGAUAAGACCACAUAUCGAGAGGGUGGGGAUAGGUUCACGAGAACCAUAUCCCCACAAAAAUAAAAUAAUAAAAUGUCUCUGUCUGGCUAUAUCCAGAUUCACACAGCUCCCUGUCCUGGAACGCGCCCGGUCUGAGACUCUGCUUGUCAACGUCACUGAUGGCCCCGCCUCUGGUGCUGAACAAGAGGGAGACGGACGGCAGGGAAACCAGCUGACAAUAGUGUCUUUCAGUGGUCUGGCAAAACAGCCCAGAGAGAGAAAGCGUAGUGUGGGGGGAACACAGGAAGAAUCACGUCCCUUACUUGGCCGAGCUAAAUAUCCUAGAUGUGUUGUGCCAAUGCCUCUCUCGGUCCUCUGCUCUCGGAUCAUCACUCAGCUCCACAGCCCUAGUUUGUUGUCAGCGCAGCUGCCCACUUCCUCGCACAAAUUCGCUAGUUUGACUUCUCUUCCCGCAGACACAGGUCCAGUGCGAUGACUAAAACAUAACCAAUCUUCGUUAAAUAUAAAUACCUAACUUAUUUUUGCAUGGAUUCCGCAUCACGGUAAUAUUUUAACAACUAGGACCACUAUUUCUUGUCCCGGAAUCCCGCUAAACUGACAGGUUGAAGUCUGCUUGACAGAGCAGCUAACCUAGCUAAGCUGGUAGCCAUCAAGCUAACAAAGUUAGGCCAAGAUGAGUUUUACAAUGGAGUCCUCUUUGUCUGGAGAAGUAAAUGAACGGUUCCAGCGCUGUAGGAGCUGUAUCUACUAUGCUUUGUUUCGGGACAAACUGGAUCACUCAGAGUUCCAAUGCGGCAGAUGUUUGCUUGCCAAGGAUUAUAGGCUUGAGGUGGCUUCCUUGAUCACGGAGGAUGCUAGCCUACGUAAGAAACUGGGGAAAACGCAGAGAGGAAUGUUUACCUUUUCUACACCGGUGGCUGGACGGCGUUGGCGCUUGUUGGAUCAAAUCAAAUCAAAUGUUAUUUGCCACAUGCGCCGAAUACAGUGAAAUGCUUACUUACAAGCCCUUAACCAACAAUGCAGUUUUAAGAAAAAAAGUGUUAAGUAAAAAAUAGAUAGGUAAAAAAUUAAAAUUUAAGAUCAGCAGUAAAAUAAAAUAACGGUAGUGAGGCUAUAUACAGGGGGUACCGGUAUAGAGUCAAUGUGCGGGGGCACCGGUUAGUCGAGGUAAUUUAGGUAAUAUGUACAUGUGGGUAGAGUUAAAGUGACUAUGCAUAGAUAAUAAACAGAGUUGCAGCAGCGUAAAAGAGGGGGUGGGGUGGGGGGGACAAUGCAAAUAGUCUGGGUAGCCAUGAUUAGCUGUUCAGGAGUGUUGGAGUCGUGCCUAGCCAUGCAGUCAUGGGGGAACAGGGAGUACAGAAGGGGACUGAGCAUGCACCCAUGAGGGGCCCCCGUGUUGAGGAUCAACGUGGCAGAUGUGUUGUUACCUACCCUUACCACCUGGGUGCAGCCCGUCAGGAAGUUCCGGAUCCAGUUGCAGAGGGAGGUGUUUAGUCCCAGGGUCCUUAGCUUAGUGAUGAGCUUCGAGGGCACUAUGGUGUUGAACGCUGAGCUGUUGUCAAUGAAUAGCAUUCUCACGUAGGUGUUCCUCUUGUCCAGGUGGGAAAGGGCAGUGUGGAUUGCAAUAGAGAUUGCAUCAUCUGUGGAUCUGUUGGGGUGGUAUGCAAAUUGGAGUGGGUCUAGGGUUUCUGCGAUAAUGGUGUUGAUACGAGCCAUGACCAGCCUUUCAAAGCACUUCAUGGCUACAGACGUGAGUGCUAUGGGUCGGUAGUCAUUUAGGCAGGUUAUCUUAGUGUUCUUGGGCACAGGGACCAUGGUGGUCUGCUUGAAACAUGUUGGUAUUACAGACUCAGUCAGGGACAUGUUGAAAAUGUCAGUGAAGACACUUGCUAGUUGGUCAGCGCAUGCUCGGAGUACACGUCCUGAUAAUCCGUCUGGCCCUGCUGCCUUGUGAAUGUUAACCUGCUUAAAAGUCUUACUCACAUCGGCUACGGAGAGCGUGAUCACAUAGUCAUCCGGAACAGCUGAUGCUCUCAUGCUUGCUUCAGUGUUGCUUGCCUCGAGGCGAGCAUAGAAGUGAUUUAGCUCGUCUGGUAGGCUUGUGUCACUGGGCAGCUCAUGGCUGUGCUUCCCUUUGUAGUCUGUAAUAGUUUUCAAGCCCUGCCACAUCCGACGAGCAUCGGAGCCAGUGUAGUACAAUUCAAUCUUAGUCCUGUAUUGACUCUUUGCCUGUUUGAUGGUUCGUCGGAGGGCAUAGCGGGAUUUCUUAUAAGUGUCCGGGUUAGAUUCCCGUUCCUUGAAAGCUGCAGCUAUACUCUUUAGCUCAGUGCGGAUGUUGCCUGUAAUCCAUGGCUUCUGGUUGGGGUAUGUACGUACGGUCACUGUGGGGACGACGUCAUCAAUUCACUUAUUGAUGAAGCCAGUGACUGCUGUGGUGUACUCCUCAACGCCAUCGGAAGAAUCCCGGAACAUAUUCCAGUCUGUGCUAGCAAAACAGUCCUGUAGCUUAGCAUCUGCGUCAUCAUACCGCUUCCUUAUUAACCAAGUCACUGGUGCUUCCUGCUUUAGUUUUUGCUUAUAAGCCGGAAUCAGGAGAAUAUAAUUAUGGUCAGAUUUGCCAAAUGGAGGGCGAGGGAGAGCUUUGUACGCGUCUCUGUGUGUGGAGUAAAGGUGGUCUAGAAUUUUUUUUCCCCCGGCCACUAGGAGCGCUGCCUCUGGAUGUGGCCGUUUUCCUGUUUGCUUAUGGCCUUAUACAGCUCAUUGAGUGCAAUCUUAGUGCCAGCAUCAGUUUGUAGUGGUAAAUAGACAGCUACGAAAAAUAUAGAAGGAAACACCCUUGGUAAAUAGUGUGGUCUACAGCUUAUCAUGAGAUACUCUACCUCAGGUGAGCAAAACCUCAAGACUUUCUUGGUAUUAGAUUUCGUGCACCAGCUGUUGUUUACAAAUAUACACAGACGAUGUAGCGUAUAUCAUGCCAGCUGUAUGUUAUCCAUGUCGUCGUUCAGCCACGACUCAGUGAAACAUAAGAUAUGACCGUUUUUAUUGUCCCGUUGGUAGGAUAUCCUUGAUCUUAGGUCAUCCAUUUUGUUUUCCAAUGAUUAUACAGUGUCUAAUAAGACUGAUGGAAGAGGCAGAUUACUCGCUCACCGUCGGAUCCUUAAUAGGCACCCCGACCUACGUCCACGAUAUCUCCAUCUCUUUCUCAUGCGAAUUACGGUAAUUUGAGCCUUGUCGGGUGUCUGUAGAAUGUCCUUUGCGUCCGACUCGUUGAAUAAUUUUUUUUUGUCCAAUACGAGGUGAGUAAUCGCUGUCCUGAUAUCCAGAAGCUCUUUUUGGUCAUAAGAGACGGCGGCAGAAACAUUAUGUACAGAAUACAUUACAAAUAACAAAAAAAAAACACACAUAAUAGCAAAAUUGGUUAGGGGGCCGUAAAACGGCAGCCAUCUCCUCCGGCACCAUGCUGUUUGUUGUUAUCCGACUGGCCGGUGUUGCCCAGAAUUCGUUCCACAGGGGAGCCAUUUCCUGCCUCUCCUCCCCCAUCUGAAAGCGGAGUUGAAGAAGCACAGCAAGAUUAGCAUGGCAAUCAACGAUGGUCUCAUGUCACCAGCUGUGGAAGCCGAAGACAGCGACCUCCCGCAAAGCAGUCUACACACCCAACGAGAGGCCCGGAGUGGAUACAAACAACAAAUAGUUUCCACGCCCUGGAGGCUGAUCUUCCUGCACCUUUAUCGCUGGGGGUACCUGUGCCUACUCCUACUCCUUCCCCUACGAUUUCAAAGUCGACGUCGGCAACCUUCCGUCCCUGCUCUGGAUCGAGCAGGGCUUCUCCAUCUGUCGGAGGCCUGCACUAGGCGCCGGGAGUUACGGGCUCAAGUUAUCCUGCCUCCCGCCCGUCCUUAAAGGUUUCUCCGAAUCCUGUGAAGCGUGGGAGUGGGCGGAUUUCCGCGUCCUUCUCGCCAGCCGUGAUUUUGGGCAGCUCCAUGGUAAGAAAUGUGACUGUUCCUGGUGCAAAAACAAUGUCCUAUCCCGGAGCUCGAGUAAAUGACAUUACUAAGCUGCUCCUGAAUGUACUACGCCAGGACAUGGACAUCGAUUCUAUCAUAGUCCAUGUGGGUUUUAAUGACAUUAUGAAGGGCAGCUCUGGAUUUUAAAGAGCUGAUUGACUCUCUGCUAAACACUAAUAAAAGACCCAUCAUAUCUGGCCCUGUGCCCUCUCUGAAUCGUGGCAUUGAACGCUUUAGAUUAUUUCUCUUCACAACUGGCUACGUGAUUUUUGCAGCUCAAUGGGUAUAGCUUUUGUUGACAAUUUCGAUGCCUUUUGGAAACAAAACACGUUUUAUAAGGAGGAUGGGAUCCACCCAAAUCAUUUGGGUUCCUGGAUCCUUUCACAGCAUUAUAAGGCUGAGUUGAGACAAUUACUUAUCAAUGACCCAAGCUCAGCUCAGUUAAUCCCUUCCAUUGUGUCGCUGAGUCAUAAUAAUGCUUUAGCAAAUGUACAUUAUAACAUGGGUGUUGGUAGACAUAAUGUAAGUAACCUAAUUUAUGUCCCUCUAACUGCCCUGAAUGCCGCUGCUAAUCCUACAGCUAUAGUAUGCAGCAAUCAAGUGCCUAUGAACCAGAUUUAUGCUGUUAGCACUGAGGCGGUGUGCCCUAGUAGGAAGUCCACUGUUUGCAGCUCACCCUGCACUAACAUAAAUAACAUGAGAAUAUCUACUUCUGCUAAGCUUCCCAGUAAAGCAAUGAAAACAAGCAAGCAUCCCAGAAAAAUUCUCAAAAUAGCCCACGUUAACAUAUAUAACUUAAGAAAAAAGGUUCAUGAAAUGAAUAACUUGCUAGUAACAGAUGACAUUCAUAUUCAUUCAUAUCGUCUCUGAAACUCACUUAGACAAUACCUUUGAUGAUACAGUGGUAGCAAUACAAGGUUAUAACAUUUCCAGAAAAGACAGAAAUGGUGUUGCUGUUUAUAUUCAGAACCACAUUCCUGUAAAGAUUAGAGAGGAUCUCAUGUUAAAUACUGUUGAAGUAAUGGCUACAGGUUCAUCUACCUCACCUAAAGCCCAUUCUUGUGGGAAGCUAUAGAUCACCAAGUGCUAACAGUCAGUAUCUGGAUAACGUGUGAAAUGCUUGAUAAUGUAUGUGAUAUCAACAGAGAGGUUUAUUUUCUGGUUGAUUUAAAUAUUGACUGGCUUUCAUCAAGCUGCCCACUCAACAAAAAGCUUCACUUUAACCAGUGCCUGCAACCUGGUUCAGUUCUCAGUCAACCUACCAGGGUAGUUACAAAGAGCACAGGAAUGAAAUUAUCAACAUGUAUUGAUCACAUUUUUACUAAUGCUGCAGAAAUGUGCUUGAAAGCAGUAUCCAGAUCCAUCGGAUGUAGUGAUCAUAAUAUAAUAGCCAUAUCUAGGAAAACCAAAGUUCCAAAAUGCUGGGCCUAAUAUAGUAUAAGAGGUCAUACAAUAUGUUUUGUAGUGAUUCCUAUGUUGUUGAUGUAAAGAAUAUUUGUUGGUCCGUGGUGUGUAAUGAGGAGUAAACUUGACACAUUUAUGAAAUUGCGUAUCCCAGUUAUUAAUAAGCAUGCACCCAUUAAGAAAAUGACUAGAAAAAUGGUUAAAUCCCCGUGGAUUGAUGAGGAAUUGAACAAUUGUUUGGUUGAGAGGGAUGAGGCAAAAGGAAUGGCAAAUAAGUCUGGCUGCACAACCGAUUAGUAAACGUACUGGAAAUUGAGAAAUCAUGUGACUAAACUGAAUAAAAAGAAGAGAACUACACUAUGAAACAAAGAUAAAUUACAAAGAAUGGUAGUAAAAAGCUUUGGAGCACCUUCAAUGACAUUUUGGGAAAAAUGGCAAACUGAGCUCCAUCAUUCAUUGAAUCAGAUGGUCAACUAAUAUUGUCAACUACUUUAAUGAUUUUUUCAUUGGCAAGAUUAGCAAACUUAGGCAUGACAUGCCAGCAACAAACGCUGACACUACACAUUCAAGUAUAUCUGACCAAAUUAUGAAAGACAAGAAUUUUAAUUUUGAAUUGCGUAAAGUGAGUGUGGAAGAGGUAAAAACAAUAUUUUUGUCUAUUAACUAUGACAAGCCACCGGGUCUGACAACUUGGAUGGAAAAUUACUGAGGGUAAUAGCGAAUUAUAUUGCCACUCCUAUUUGCCAUAUCUUCAAUUUAAGUCUACUAGAAAGUGUGUGCCCUCAGGCCUGGAGGGAAGCAAAAGUAUUGCCGCUUCCUAAGAGUAGUAAAGUGGCCUUUACUGGCUGAAAUAGCCAACCAAUCAGCCUGUUACCAACCCUUAGUAAAGUUUUGGAAAAAAAUGUGUUUGACCAGAUAAAAUGCUAUUUUACAGUAAACAAAUUGACAACAGACUUUCAGCACGCUUAUAGGGAAGGACAUUCAACAAGCACAGCACUUACACAAAUGACUGAUGAUUGGCUGAGAGAAAUUGAUGAUAAAAAGAUUGUGGGGGCUGUUUUGUAGACUUCAGUGUGGCUUUUGACAUUAUCAAUCAUAGUCUGCUGCUGGAAAAAACGUAUGUGUUAUGGCUUUACAUCCCCUGCUAUAUUGUGGAUAAAGAGUUAACUGUCUAACAGAACACAGAGGGUGUUCUUUAAUGGAAGCCUCUCCAACAUAAUCCAGGUGGAAUCAGGAAUUCUCCAAGGCAGCUGUCUAGGCCCCUUACUAUUUUCAAUCUUUAGUCCUAAAUAUUUCAAAAAAUAAAAGCAAUGUAUUUGGGACAAAUCAUUCACUAAACUCUAAACCUCAACUAAAUCUUGUAAUAAAAUAAUGUGGAAAUUUAGCAAGUUUAGGUGACUAAACUGCUUGGAGUAACCCUGGAUUGUAAACUGUCAUGGUCAAAACAUAUUGGUACAACAGUCCUAAGAUGGGGUGAAGUCUGUCCAUAAUAAAGCGCUGCUCUACUUUCUUAACAGCACUAUCAACAAGGAAGGCUCUAGUUUUGUCGCACCUGGACUAUUGUUCCACAAAGAGGGAUUUAGGGAAAUUGCAAUUGGCUCUGAACAGGGCAGCACGGCUGGCCCUUGGAUGUACCCAUAGAGCAAACAUUAAUAAUAUGCAUGUCAAUGUACUGUAAUGUUAUUAAAAUUGUAUAACUGCCUUCAUUUUGCCAGACCUCAGGCAUCAGCUAAUGGGGAUCCAUAAUAAAUACAAUACAUUAAACACCCAAGACAUGGAAACUUGCAUAGGGGCCCGAUCCCCACUGAGAGACAUUCUCCGCUCAACUCCCAGCGGCCAAACAACACAAAACACUGGGCUUUUAAAGGAAAUGACAGCCAGUCCCCAGCUACCUGUCUGAUUAGCUAACUCGCUGCAGGAGCAUCUGAUCACACCAGCCCCGCCACCCAGUUAUCCACUUAUCUACCAAUCCAUCUUGUGACAUUUCUAAUCAGAGAUAUGCUCGACAUCAGAUAAACACUUGUAACCUUACUCCCUCUCCUGCAGAUGCUCCAAAGAAUGUCACAUUGUCAGUCAGUCCAUGUGGAGAUGUUGUUAAGGGUAUCUCAGUCAAUCUCACCUGCAACUGCAGUGCAAACUCCCCUGUGAUGAGCUACACCCUGUAUAAGGAGAGUGGACAGAGUCUUGUCACUCUGGUGCCAUGGCAGAAUCACAUUAUGGUUUUCCACUACAGCGUAAUCAUAACUGGUCAACAGAGUUUGGGUCAAUCUCAAUUAAAUUCCUAUCCGUUGACUUGGACAUUGAAUUUCUCCAUAAGAAUGCAAUGCAAUCCUUGCACUGACUGAAAUAUAGAUUACAUUGACACAAACCUUGUUGGCCAGGACUGUUUUGAUUAAUCAUUACUAAAUAUGGAGCAGUUAUCACCUUUUUAAUAUUUCUGCUUGCUUUAGAUGCCCCAAAGAACACUUCAGUGUUGAUCAGUUCCUAUGGUCCAGUGGUAGAAGGCAGCUCUGUGAAUCUCACCUGCAGCACUGAUGCCAACCCAACAGUAGAAUACUACACCUGGUUUAAGAAGGAUGGAGCAUACACCUCACAGAUAGGGUCAGGAGAACUAUUGAGAUUGACCUCUCUAACCUCCUCUGACAGUGGACAGUACUUCUGUGAGGCCAGGAAUGAAGAAGGGGUUCAGAACUCUACUGUGAUGUAUCUGACCAUACAGGGUGCCAAUCAUGGUGAGUGUGGAGGGAAAUGUCCUGUUGUCCUGAAUCAAUAUGUUCUAAAUGGGAAUUCCCUUCGCUUGAAUGUAUUUUGUUCUUGUACCCUGUGUCAUUUUCAGCUAAAAAUACUGUCCUAAUGCCAGUUUACAUUGGUUCCGUGGCUGCAGUUUUCAUGGUGAUCAUACCUCUAUGGAUGUGGUAAGUCUAGAAACAUUGUGUACUCAGUUCAAUAUCACAAUGCAGAGUAUGAUGGCCUUGUAGUACCGAUUUGUCCCCCCAAAUAAGUUUGUUUUCUUUGACAGUAAGAGCCAGUUCAAAUUAUGUCAAAAGACUGCUGUGGACAGAAAGGUCAGUAGAACACAGCAUAUACACUCUAAUUAACAAUGCCAAUAGCAUGUCAAUGCAAUAGUGUUAUCUGAAGGUUUGAACGCAUUAAGUGUUCAUGAUAUUUCAAGCGUAAGCUUCCAUUCUUCCACAGUAACAUGCUAUUUAGUUUAACCAAUGGAUGAAGGUAAGGUGAGUAGUAAAUAUAGCAAACAUUUUGUAUUGUUUUUGACUGAUUCCAUAUUUCAGGAUGAUCAAAACCCAGUCUUAUCCAGUAGAAGGACCAGAAAUGACCCAGCCACACAGGAAACUAGAACGGAGGAACAGGAAAAUGCCCUCUAUGCCAACGUUCAACUCCCUCCCUCUCACACCCACCACCAAGACAGUUCUCUGUACUCUGUGGUCCAGCCACCACCUCCGCUGAACCCUCCAGACCUUCAUUACGCUUCCUUUGACUUCCAGCAGUCCCACAACUCCAUCGACGGGGUCCAACUCUCUGGACCCCAUGGACGGGAUGAUGUUGUGUACUCCACGGUGAAAUCCAGACAGGCCAACGUGACAGACAACCUCCAGUAUGCCAGCAUCAAGUUCCCGCUCUCCAGUCCUACUGCCAGGUAAUAGUGCACUCACUAUCAGUUCAGUCCUUUUCCAUGUAACCUAACGUAGCAUGCAUAAAAGAAGCCUGAGCAGAGUUCCCAAAUCCGUUUUUCAGGGGUAAACGGAAGCUAGGUUGAAGAUACUGUAUCCCUGAAAACCGGAUGUUAGCGAUUUCCGGCGACCCCACACAGGCUUUUUUCCAUGUGAAGCAGGCUAUGUCUCAGCUAUUCACUAGUAUUUCUGGAAGUCUGUUCAUUUGAAAUAUUUGAAUAUACUCAUACAACAACUCUAUUUGCUUUUUGCAGGCCAGAAGAAAGUUUAGAGGUGGACCAUUCUGUUAUCUACUCCACUGUUGCCAAACCUGAAGCCUGAACAUAUCCUUUCAUAAUGUUGAAUAAACUAAGCAGCAUUGGAACGCAAGUUAAGAUAUGUAAAGUAUGCAAUUAAUAAGUAGUUAUGGUAAUAUAUGUAUAUGCAUUGGACUGUACUGUACUGUAUGUGUCUCAGGUGUGACGAUGAGCUUCCAUUGCUUGUGCAUGCUUCUGCCUUGAUAAUUGAAUGAUUGAUACUGUCAUUUCAUUGGCUGACUGUUUCUUUAAAUGCUGUCUCUUUGUUUGUUUGAGAUGCGGCCACCUGGGGGGAAGGUGCAGGUACACUGCCGUAAAAAAGUAUUUGCCCCUUUCUGAUUUUCUCAAUUUUUUGUUAUCAGAUCUUCAACCAAAAC